AUGACCAGGAACACAAUCUUAGCCCUGGCGAUUUAUGGCCUUACGGUGGUCUGCAUGAUGCCAUCGUCAUCCGCGCAGGAUUUAUCGCAGUAUGACGGAGCUGCGGCAGUCUCUGAUAGUCGAGGCGGCUGGGAUGCUCUCGGGGGCUUAUAUGCGCUCCUCGCCCAACACGACGCCCUAGGCGGCCACGCACUUGCACGCAAGUCGGUUCGUUCGCCUUCUCGCCGCCUACGUUUUGGACGUCGCUCUGAUCCUGAUAUGCCUCUUCAGACACCUCUUGACGAAUUGGACGAGCUUCUGUCUCUGCGCGAAGUCCGGACGCCCGUUCGUCUGCGCUUCGGACGUCGUUCUGACGAACGUGCUGUACCACACGUCUUCCCUCGGGAGGACCAGGACCGAUCCGUGCGAGCUCCGUCGAUGCGUCUUCGGUUUGGCCGCCGCUCCGACAAUAAUAUGUUCUUAUUGCCUUACGAGUCGGCGCUACCUAAAGAAGUGAAGGCGGGAAGCUCAGAAGACGACAGGCAACAAAACUAAACGAUUACAAACGCACGCCGUAGGUAAAUUAAUAUUUCUCCGCUCCAUAAGUAAUAUCCAGCAAGUCUAACUCUAAGGAUAGUCACAGAAUGGCGUUAUGUGUCAAAUUUUUAAUAUCAUCAUUAGAUGUUACUCAAUUUAAACAAUUAUAAACUAUGUGUACAUAAUCAUAUACUACAUUAAUAAUAAUACUGUAUGUUGUUAAAUGUUAUCCUAAAGCUAAAUUUAGCACUUUUGUUUAAAAUGUAUUUAUUUGUUUGUAGUUGUAUCUCUACAUUUUUUGUUGAUGACAAUAUCAAUUGUAGCGAAUAAUUAUACAUUUUUAGAGCUGGGUAAAUGUAAAAUUACUUCGCUAUAUUUUAUCGGACUAUUUAUUGUACUGAACAGCUUUUGAAAUAAUGUAAUAGAUAAUUUUGUAACUCUUGUAGUAAUAAAUGUUUAUUUUUAGGUUCAUAUAGUGCAAUUAAUAAGUUGAAAUAUAAAAAGCUAAUGACUUAA